AUGAUGACCAUGAACGGCAAGCAGCACUUCAGCAUGCACCCGGCGCUCCAUGAGCCCAAGUACCCGGGCAGAGCGUGUCUGGCCGCCCCGCAGCUGCAGGCCAAUAUAUUCGGAGGCUUUGAUGAGUCUCUGCUGGCGCGGGCGGAGGCUCUGGCUGCUGACACCCUCGGAAAGAGUCACCCGUUCAAGCCAGACGUGACUUAUCAUACCAUGAGCAGCGUCCCCUGCACCUCAGCCUCCUCCAGCUCCAUCACCCACCACCACCACCAGCAGCAGCAGCAGCAGCAGCAGCAUCAGCACCUGGAGGCCGGGGACCUGCUGGAGCACCUCUCCAGCAGCCUGGCCGUCACCGGGAUGGGCGCGCCGGAGCCACCGGGGAUGAACCACCACCACCACCACCACCACCACCACCACCUGCAGAGCAUGGGGCAGCUCCACCAGGCGAUGGCCACCAUGGCGCACCCGCACGCGCUGUCCGCGCACGGCGCCAUGGCGUGCGUCAGCGACGUGGAGUCCGACCCGCGCGAGCUGGAGGCGUUCGCCGAGCGCUUCAAGCAGCGGCGCAUCAAACUCGGGGUCACGCAAGCGGACGUCGGGUCAGCGCUGGCCAACCUGAAGAUCCCCGGAGUGGGCUCGCUGAGCCAGAGCACCAUCUGCAGGUUCGAGUCCCUGACGCUGUCGCACAACAACAUGAUCGCGCUGAAGCCGGUGCUGCAGGCCUGGCUGGAGGAGGCGGAGGCGGCGCACCGGGAGCGCAGCGGCAAGCCGGACCUGUUCAGCGGCGGCGAGAGGAAGCGCAAGCGCACCUCCAUCGCCGCGCCGGAGAAGCGCUCGCUGGAGGCCUAUUUCGCCAUCCAGCCGCGGCCGUCGUCGGAGAAAAUCGCCGCCAUCGCCGAGAAACUGGAGCUGAAAAAGAACGUGGUUCGAGUGUGGUUCUGCAACCAGCGGCAAAAGCAGAAACGGAUGAAGUACUCGGCGGUGCACUGACUCCCACGGCAGGUAGCGGGAUCUAUACAUCAGCUGGAUUAACCCACAACUGCACUUUGCUUUUUCUCCUGUAUUUUUGGGACGCGGACUCCUCGGCGAUACGCACAUCUGUGAUACAUCGCACCGUAAACUCACUCCUUUUGUUGCACUGAAAAAAAAGGCCUUAAAAGGUUCCGACGGUUUUCAUUGAUGUCACGACUAGUUUGUGCUCGCCCGCACAUCCGCACCGAGUCUCUUGAAUUAUUCAGCUAUUGUCAUAUCCAGGCACAUCAGUGUGGCUGCUAUAUUGUAGAAUUUUUGAUGUGUUUUCUCUGCAGAACAACAGAUGCCCUGUAUAUCCAAAUAUAUCAAGGCCUAUAUACACUUAUUUUUAAGCAUUCGUUCAUUUAUUAUUAUCCUCACUCUUGGUUUUGAGCAACGUGUGAAUU